AUGCAUCGUGACUCCUGUCCGUUAGAACGUAAGGUGUAUGUAGGUAAUCUUGGGAACAAUGGGAACAAGACUGAACUAGAGCGUGCUUUUGGCUAUUAUGGACCACUGCGAAGUGUGUGGGUUGCUCGGAACCCUCCCGGCUUUGCUUUUGUUGAAUUUGAGGAUCCCCAAGAUGCGUCUGAUGCUGUCCGAGAGCUGGAUAGAAGAACACUGUGUAAACGCCGUGUGAGAGUGGAACUUUCGAAUGGUGAAAAAAGAAGUCGCAAUCGUGGCCCACCUCCCUCUUGGGGUCGACACCCUCGAGACGAUUACCAUAGGAGGAGUCCUCCACCUCGGCGAAGAUCUUCAAAAAGGAGAAGCUUCUCUCGAAGUCGGAGCAGGUCACUUUCUAGAGAUUGGAGAAGAGAAAGGUCUCUGUCUCAUGAGAGAAACCACAAGCCAUCUCGAUCCUUCACUAGGUUUCGUAGCUGA